UCACUCGUCAUCUUCACCACCCACGCUCUCCUUAAUUCCCUCCUCUCUCUGUAUUUUCUAUAUAUACUUGAACACCCUAAUAUUAUAAAAUCGCAUUUCUCAUGGCAAAAGAGCACCAACGAAAAGAAAACAACCCACACCUACUCGUAACGAAAGGCGCUGGUCAUAAAAACCCACGCCAUGCUCUCUUCACAUUCAUCACCACCUUCCUUCUCUUAGCAGGUCUUGCAGUUCUCAUAGUCUGGUUAAUUUACAGGCCCCACAAGCCCCGGUUCACUGUAGUUGGGGCUGCUGUAUACGACCUUAACACCACAUCCCCACCUUUCAUUUCAACCUCCAUGCAGUUCACUAUUUUCACUAGAAACCCCAACAGGAGGGUCUCGAUCAUGUAUGAUAAACUCACUGCUUAUGUAUCAUACAGGAACCAAGCGAUAACUCCCCCACUGUUAUUGCCUCCACUUUAUCAAAAGAAAAAGAGCACAGUGGUCAUGUCUCCAGUGCUUGUCGGGGCAGGGGUUCCGGUGUCAGUGGAAGUUUCAGAUGGGUUGGUGAUGGAUGAGGCAUAUGGGGUUGUGGCGUUGAGGGUGGUGUUGCUGGGCAGGUUGAGGUGGAAGGCUGGGGGCAUAAAGACAGGGAGAUAUGGAGUUUAUGUGAAGUGUGAUAUCGUGGUGGGUUUGAAGAAGGGUUUUGUAGGGCCAGUGCCUUUGCUUGGGUCUCCACAGUGUAAAGUUGACAUAUGAAGUUAAUUAUAUAGGUAUGAAGCCUGUGUAAGGCCAUGAGCUAGCUAGCUUCCUUCUGGUUCUUUUCCUUCUUUAUGUGGGUUUAAGUGUUGUUUCUUUUUUUCUUUUCCCUUUUUACUUUCCUCUGAAGUUUUAACUUGUAAUAUGAAUGGCAGAUCAAAGUCCAGCCUCAGAGAAUGUCAUGUUCUAGUCCAGUACUGUCUCCAUGCCUUGGCUUAUAUAUGGUUAGAUCAUGACGAUCAUAAACAACAAAAAUGAUUUUUUUUUC